AUGACCCAGCACGACAACACGGCGGCCGAGCGCCUGCUGGCCAUCCCGCACCUCGUCGAGUCCAUUACCGCCUCAGAGACGCGCAACACCCAGGUCAUCCUACUCCGCGUGUGCGAGGUGUUCCACCAUGCCGCCGGACGCGAGCUGUACCGCUGCCUCACUCUCUCCCAAGGCAAGGACAACCUCAUCCGCCGCGUCAUGCGCGGGGCCCUGAUCGGCUCGUCGGCUUAUGGGCCUACCCCUGUCGACUGUGCGACGUUCACCAUCGAGUUCCUCACCCCCGGCCUUGGUAGGCACCUCGGCAAGUUCUUCGCCCUCGACGACAACAUCCCGCACAGCACGCCGAUCGUCCACGCCAUCGCGAUGGAGGUCAUCUUCGGCUCCAAGGACUUUGCCUUCAACCCGAUCAAGCGCAACUUUAAGCGCGCGCUCCUGUCGUACACCAAGGUUCUGACCAUCGGCACCCACCACUCGUGCUCGUGCGACAUCUUCGCCGAGCAGUGGGCCGACCUCUUCCCCAAUGUUGAGGUGCUGCGCGUCGCCCCGCGCAAGUCGAGCGAUGCCAUGGGCCGCAGCGUGGCGUUCACGCCCUUCGACCUUAUGCCGACGUGCCACCCCGGCCACAACGCGUGCGCCUCGAGCCUCACCCCGUGCUCCCUCCUCACCAAGCUGCGCCCGAGAAAGAUCGUCCUGCGCAACAUGGACGGCUCGGCGUUCCCCGUUCCAGACGGCUACGUGUGGGACGUGCCUGGCGUCAAGAGCGUCGUGUACUUUCUCCCGAUCGAUGACAAGGAGCACUACCAGAUCAACCGCUACUUCCGGUCCAUCAUGACCCACUUCUGGAGCGUCCCCGACCUCAAGAUUGUCCUGAUCGGCGAGCACGAGGGCGUUAUCGGCGAGGAGGAGAUGUUCCGCCGCGAGCUGAACCCCGUCGGCGUCUGCCCGGACUUCAUUGUCGGUGCGCUUUCCGCCGCGACGUUCCAGCGCGUCCGCGAGCCGCAAGGCAUCAAUCUCCUGAGCAGGACUGAGGAGUAUGGCAAGAUGAGAGCGACGUACGAUCACCUCCGCGCAACGCGCCCGACACCGACUCGCCGCUGCACCGUCUACGGUAUCGGCAAGAUCAAGUACAUUCUCGGCCAGAGCUUCGUAAUCCGCCGGUACUUGUGGCUGUUCCCGCCUGCGGAUCCUGCGCAGGAGCCAAGCCGCAAGCUGGUCGUUGAGGUUAUCAAGAAGGAAGUCAAGAGCCAGAUGAUCCUCAGCCACCCUGGUCCGGAGCUUCCAUUCGAUACGGCCGCUUGGAACAAGGCGACGGGAAACAAUAUCACAUUUCGCUCGAUCGCGGACUACAUGAACGAUGAAGCGGCCAGGGCUGGAGAGAUCAAUGCCAGUGACUAG